AUGGCUUUGCCACAAAUCCCAGCUCAAGCUUCAAAUACACCAUCACCAAGCCUCCCAGGCAACGCCGCUGUUUCCAGCUCUCCCCAAUGUAAUGUGGACGAUUCUGACAACCCGGUAAUCCUCGGAGUUUCUCACGUGUCCAUUUCAACGCGUUCCUCUCGUCUUGGUCAAUGGGGUCGGAGUUUGCUACGCCCAUCUCUUUCCCGCAACCAGAUUGAAGCACUUUAUGCGGCCGAAAAACUGGCUUUCAAGUUACUCAGUUCGCACCACUUUGUACCCGCUAAUCACGGGUUGCAAGCAUGCAAUCCCCAUUGGAUAACGUUGGCCGGGGCAACAAAAUUGGCGUGA